GCAGCAGCAGCAGUCUGCUAAGCGUCAGAAGCAGGUGAAGUGUCCGAGUGUCCAGGUGUGUUUUACCUGAGUUUUACCCGCUACUCAACAUGUAUUACAAACUGAACGGAGUGACGCAACGGCUCACCGGAGCUCCGGCCAACGCCUACAACCCACAGGGUCUGCGUCCAAGUGUCCCACCUGUUAGUCCCCCCGCCAUCUUCGCGUCUCCGACCAAACUGGCAUCAGAAGCAGGAGGUCAGGUGGAGUACAUGGGACCCAACAGAGUCCAGGAAAUGCAGAAAUUAUUCCAGAAAGCAGAUGGGGUCCCGGUCCACCUGAAGAGGGGUCUGAUAGACAAGCUGCUGUACCGGACCACCAUGGGUCUGACUGUGGGGGGGGCGGUAUACUGCCUCGUGGCUCUGUACCUCGCCGCCCAGCCCGGCAACAAGUGAUGUUACAGAGCUGCCGCGUUCUGAUUGGACCAGAAUUUUCCAGUGUAUGUUAAGUGUGAAUGGGCGACGAGGCGUUCAGGGAUGAGUGGAGGUCUCUGAUGAGGCAUUCAGGGACAGUCUGUCUGCAGAUAAAAACACUCUGUACAGAAAUAUGAUUUAGUGUGGUGAAUUAAUAAUAAAGUAUAUUUUGUUGUAAAAGAA